UGAGAGGCAAAGCCAUGGGAUUUACCUUGCGCAUGGCAGUUGGAAUAAUGGGGAAUGCGGCUUCUUUGCUACUAUAUGCUGCACCCAUAUUAACUUUCAAAAGGGUCAUAAGGAAGAGGAACACUGAGGAGUUCUCAUGUGUCCCUUAUAUUUUAGCUUUGUUUAACUGUUUUCUCUACACCUGGUAUGGUUUGCCUGUAGUGAGCAACAAGUGGGAAAAUUUCCCUCUUGUCACCAUUAAUGGCCUUGGGUUUCUCCUAGAGAUAACCUUUAUCAUCAUAUAUUUCUGGUUUGCUUCACCAAAGGGCAAGAAGGUGGUUGCCGUGGUAAUGCUACCAGUGAUAACAGCAAUCUUCAUCACCGCAUUUGCUUCAACAUUCGCAUUGCAUACCCAUCGUCUGCGCAAAGUCUUUGUAGGCAGCAUCGGCCUGGUGGCCUCUGUUUUGAUGUACGGAUCUCCACUGGUUGCUGUGAAAAAAGUGUUUAAGACGAAGAGCGUGGAAUUCAUGCCGUUCUACUUGUCCCUCUUCUCAUUCCUGGCUAGUUCACUCUGGAUGGUAUAUGGUCUACUAAGUCAUGAUAUUUUCCUUACGAGUCCAAAUCUCAUAGGGAGCCCAUUGGGCCUUUUCCAGCUGAUACUAUAUUGCAUUUAUCGUAAGAAGGGAGUAAUUGAAGAACCAAGCAAGAAGGACAUAGAAACCAAUGGAGUGGAACAUAAACCGCAGACUCUGAUCAAUGGCACCAAUGGCAAGAUCUAAGUAAGAAUAGUUCGGUCUUGUUUCUCUUUCAAAGGUUUUUAGUAAAUUUAUUUAGUUUCACCCCUUCCUCCCAACGAGAA